ACAAGCCUGACAGGGUGCACUGCUACGCUUUCCCGAGAUUUUUCUGUUCUGUUGCGUGUUUUCGGAAAGGUCUGGGGUAUUUUGUUGACAAUAGCCGCGGGGAGUAAAGAUGGACGAGGACGGCCUUCCUAUAGUGGGGUCGGGAGUGGAUCUGACCAAGGUUCCCGCGAUCCAGCAGAAGCGGAUGGUGGCGUUUCUCAACCAGUUCCUCGUGCACACGGUCCGCUUCCUGAACCGCUUCUCCACCGUGUGCGAAGAGAAACUGGCCGGAGUUUCUUUACGGAUCCAGCAGAUCGAAACCACUCUCAGCAUUUUGGAAGCGAAGCUCUCCUCUAUCCCCGGUCUCGAGGACGUGAGGGUGGAGGGAACCGGUCACAGGCCGACUGCAGAGUCCAACGGUCCAGUGGUCACAUCGAGCCAGCUGGAGGCCAGCACACCUGGUUCUGCUUCAGAGACACCUCAAAAUUUACAGGAAACACCUGAGCAGCAGAAGUCCGAGGGAGCCAGAGAAAAUGUAAUGACUGUGGCCAAGGAUCCGCGGUAUGCCAGAUAUCUUAAAAUGGUGCAAGUGGGAGUUCCUGUUAUGGCCAUAAAGAAUAAGAUGAUCCUGGAGGGACUCGAUCCCAGCCUCUUGGAUACUCCUGAUGCUCCAGUUCCCGAUGGCGGGAAAAAGAGCGUAGAAGAGGAAGAUGAAGAUAAUAGCUCCAACAGUGAUUCCUCUUUUAGCGACUGACCGCCCAGCAGGCAUCAGCAAGCAAACGACCUCCACACGACACACCCAACAAAUUGUCCUUCGGGAUUUGUGCCUAACCCGCUUCCAGGCAGAAAGCAAUACUGUUGGGCUUCACCCCUUCCCCUGUGCUGUGUCCCUGUCAGACAGACUACUUUGUAGCUGCUAAUCGCUACCAAAGGACACAUGUGAGUGGAAGGCGUGUAGGCGCUAUGACACUGUUGGGGAAGUGCCAUCUCCUGUGGGGUACCCCACAAUGCAAAUUGAAACUCAAGGUCUUGUGUUGCAUUGGAGAAAAAUCCAACAAUGUCCUGUCAAAUGGCAUGCACUGAAGUUUUUUUUUCUUUUUUUUUUUUUUUUUUGGAGUUGUAGGUUUUACGUGCUUGCUUCCGAAAGACAGAGGUGCCCGGAGAGCUACAGACUUACUGUUCCAUUCACUGAUGUGCACAAGCAAGGCCCUGACACUUUACUCCUCUCUGCUGGUGGUUUUUGUCAUAUCCUUCGGCCCUUUUUCGUACUCAGCCAUUAUUCCAUAGUGGUAGUGGUGUCCUCAUUACUCAUUGCACUUUUAGUACUAUACUUUGCUGGUGUAGAAGUGCACAGAGAGGGAGCAAUAGAGGGAGGAGGACUGAAAAUUUAUAUAGUCUUUUUGUAUGUUCUUUACAAAUAUUUGAAGGUAUCCUGGAAUAUGUCUGUGAAUAAUAUAUGGAGGAUCCACUUGAAGUUUAUUAAUAAAGUGGAGAAGGAUGUUU